CCCCUCUCCUUCCUCUCGCACACAGCCCCAGUGUUCACUUGACAGAGUAUUUUCGGUCAAGCUUUGCAGACAAUAGUGAGCCUCACUUUGGUGGAUCUUGUGAUGGAGCUCAACAGGCUUCCUCAAAGAACAGAUUGAUGAGAAGACAGACAUGAGAACAAUCUACUUUCCUCAACAAGCCAAACUAUCCUCAGGACCAAGGAGGAUUCUGUAGGCCAGGAGUUUUGUGCUCCCCUUCCUGCAGGCCCCAAGACUUUGAUUUAGGCCUGCCUGUUUUUGUCACUUGGUCACUCACUGCUACCCUGUUUUGGGUUUGACUGAUUUCUCCGUAGAAAAGGUUUGUACACAGCUUUCCUCCUGGAUUACCUCUGGAGAUUAGUGAUGGGGAAUGCGGCUGCAGGGGGUUUGGAGCAAGAACCGGCUGAGGGACGAGAGGCCAGGAACUCAGUCGGUGCAGCUCCAGGCAUGAGUGACCCUGCUCAUACCUUGCAGAAGAAGCAGCCGGCUCCCCCCAAACUGCCCAUGCCCCCAGAGGAGGAGCUGGAGGAGCGCUUCAAUGUGGUGCUGGUGAGUGACUGGACUUGAGAUCAUACUUUUGAUGUAUUGCUGGCGUUGUGUCGUGUUGUGAUGGAGGGGGCUUUAUGUAAUAGUUGGGAUUAUUGAGCGGGUAAACAUGAUUUUGUUUUGUUGGUCACAAAGUGUAAGAGUUUCACCCUUACGAUCCACACCUGAUAAACUGUUGGACCUAGUUUACAUACUGAUUGCAUGUCAACCAUCAAACAUUGUUUUUUUAGUACAAUGAGACAAAAAUUGCAAAGUAAACGCUCAAAACUUUGCACAGCAUAGAGUCAUUCAACCAGUUAUCCACACACAAAACGCUCGUCUCGUUCAAAUAUGAGUAUCACAGUAAAAAAAUGUUAUCAGCAGUCUGCCAGAUUUAAGAGCACAGUCUUUCCUUGACUGUUAAAAAGAGCUCCAGGCUAGAACAUGGUGAUUAGUGCCUGCCCGCGGAGCUGGCCCAAAGAGGAAGUUGAGCAACACAUUAACAUGAGUGAGACCAGAGGGCCUGAAACCAACGGUUUCAUCAUCCUUUCAACAGACUUACAACAAGUUGGACAACAUUGGACUUUCUAAUGACCACUUAAGAGAAAUGUUGAAGAGAUCUAUGAUUUAUCUUAAUAACUUUAUUUCAAAUUGAUAAACAACAUGUUUUUUUAAAAUGAUAUCAAAUAUGAAGAACAGGACUUGAUUUUUAUUAAGAUAGAUAAGAACUUUUUUUAUCCCCAAAGGGAAAUUCAAUAAUAAAAAAAUAAUUAUUUUCAGGUUCAAAACGCUCUCCAGGUGAAUCGAAGUCCACAAAACUAUCAACUGAUUAAGAUUGCUCCAUUAACAUUAACAAAAGCUCUAGUGUUUUCAGUUUUUUCUCCACCAGCUGAUGAAGAUAUAAACACAAAUAAGUCUAUGAUGGCACACAGGAGAGUGAUAUUAUAAGCCAUGGUGCUUUUUAGACUGAAUAUGACCUUUAAGCUGUAAAUUAAUUUGAUUACAGCGCUUCUUUUAUCGUUAUAUUGAUAUAUUGACUGAUCUUUAUCCCACAGAUGUUUUCUAAAAAUACAUGGGUAGAGAUGGUCUUAGUUUUUAAUUAACCUUGAACCUUGUAAGACCAAAGAAGAAAUAUUAACCUUGUGCUCACAGCAGGUGAAGUUGACUUGCGUGUUUAUUAGACAAAAGUGCUUCUGAGGACACGAUCGUCACCAUAUGAGAGGACAUGAAAAUGUGGCUUUCCUGUUCUGUGAAUAUGAGACAUUUUCUUACCACUCAGAUAGUGAACAGUGGUAGCCUGUGCCAUUUUGUGCCAACAACGCCCUCUCAUGCGCUUAAAGCAUGACCUCACUUCCUCUUUUUUUUUAAAUGACUUCUAACAUAAACUCCAAAUAGAUGUCAUCCUGAAUCUUACUUUCAGCAAGAUUUCACACCUUCGUUUUUGCAUAACACUCUUCAAAAGAAACAAGAAGUACCUUCAUCUUCCUUUCCAUCUUGGCUAUAACCUGUUGGAGUAUUAAUCCUCUAAGUAUAUCAAAACACUGAACAUGCGCACAAAAGUGCACAAGUGUCUUUUUCAUAACUGGGGCUGGUGUUGUACCACAAAACCCACAAUGCGACCUCUCCCAUACCCCACCAAAACUGAAACUCUAACUCCCUGCAAGCUAAGCAGCAGGCUGUUUCCGUUUCUGCUUCUCUUUUUUUUUCGUUUUUUUUGAGGUGCUACAAAGGAACGACGCAAACUACUUCUUCAAGGAAAAAAAUAGUCAAGGACUAAAGAUCAGCACCCAGUAUCUACUGAUAAAACAUAAACAAGUAUAAAACUAUUUACUCAGUGAGCAAAGAAAGAAUCACAGGAGCUGUUUCAUUACUAAGCAGCACCUCUCAGACCUUUCCUGAUUUCUUACUGUAAACACUAGAUGUGCUUUCUCACAAACAGCUCCUUGUGCUGUUCUUUCAACAUUUUACUUACUCUGAGUAUUUUCUGUGGCAAAAACUCAAAAGUAAAAGCGCUUUCUCUCCAGUCAGUGGUCAAAAAUGUGGUCUGAUAGCUCCACCCUCACAGCAGGUCCAGGUUUAAUUGACAGUUCAUGAAGGGGCUUGUUACAGGUGAUCUUGUUUGCUUUUGCAGCUCAUACAUGAGGCAUUACACUUCAUUUAAAUCUGUUUCAUAACCAGCUCAAACGCCUUCAAGGGGCUUUAAGAAAAGUCUUUGAGUGACAGUAUGAAGGGGCAUUCCUACAAUUUGUUGUUGUUCGGUGUCAUACUUUCAGAAAAAAGUCCCCCCUUACCUCCUGAAUUAUUUAUUUCAUUAAACCUGCUUCACAUGAGCCUAGAAAACCCAUAGGUGUGGUGCUAGUAAAUGAGUAAAAAGUAUGAUUGUGGGUAGACAGAGACAGCUCAAACUGAAACAGCACCUCUUUGGCAUUUAACUUCAUAGCAGGCUGAGUCAACCUGAUCCAACCAGGUGUGGAGAAGGGAGUUCUUGUUUUGUGUAAAACUAGUUGAGAGGAUUGCAGAAAUACAGAUGUUAAAGUAAACUUGUAGAGUCUGCAGAGACUAUUAUUAAAAAUGGACAGAAACACACAAAUUACUUGUAGGUGAUUAUUUUUUUCCACUUGACAUUUGUUUUAUCAUCGUGCAUUAUCAACAGCACCUCCCUCACUUCAAGAUUUAGCUCUGAGAUCUUUUUUUUAAUUAUUAUUUAAUCAAAACAUGUACUUUUUAACUUCACUUGUUCCUGUUUGGAAACAUAACACAUGUAAACACUGACUCAUCUUCACUUCCGGCAAGUUGUUAACACCUCUCUGUUGUAUAACAAGGUGGAUCUGUGGUUUGGCACAUCUCAAUAUGUUUGCCCGAGAGGGAAACCUUAGAAAAGAGCGACACUAAAUGUAUGUGAGCGUACUGUCCAAGAGUGAGGAGAACUGUGACUAAGAAACAUUUCUAAGUAGGGUUUUAUAUUCUCUGAAGAAGACACUUUUCAUUGAAACAGCUUCUCUAUUUUAUCUUUUGGCAGAGCUACAUGAACUUACCUCCAGAUAAACUGAAGCUGCUGAGUCAGUAUGACAAUGAAAAGAAGUGGGAAUUAGUCUGCGAUCAGGUAAGAUUUCACAGGUUAACAUUGAUCUAAUUCUGCAUUGCUGCUCACACUGGGCCAGAGUUGACAUCAAAGACACAAACACCCAAAAUGGAUGUGUGGUAAAGAGCAGAGUGCAGAGUGAAAACCCUGCAGUACACUCUCUGUGGUAGCAACAGAGGGAGGCGUCGUCUUGGAAACAGAGAGCGGUUUUGUGUCUGAUGUCUUUACUUGCAUUGACAAUAAUAGCUACAGAUGCUGUGCGCCAGUCAAUGUGUCUCAGGUGCAGCUGUCUCUGUGUUGAUCAGAUGAACUCAGUCAAAAAGCCUCUUCUAACUCAGCUUUGCCUCCUCAGGAGCGAUUCCAGGUGAAGAGCCCCCCCUCCACUUACCUGACUAAGAUCAAAAGCUUCUAUCAGGAUCAAGGAGGGGUGUCUCGCAGGGUUAGUGUGAAAACACAACUUCCUUUUUUACAUUUCAUACUGUAGUUUAUUCACUAUCUGCUCAGUGGGGUUCUCAUUCACUCUUCUGCUGUUUAUCUAGCACAAGAAACGGAUACAGGACGCCACCCAGGUCCUCAAAGAUUUGGAGAUUUCACUCCGUACCAACCACAUUGGGUGAGCAUGUGAAGUUAGGGUGGGGCUGACUCUGAGUUUAUGAAACUUUUGUUUACAACUAUAAAGCAUUUGAAAUUCUUGAAAGCUUUCAAGAAUUUCUGCACCUGGCAGUCUUUUAAAGGUCAUGUGGCCAAUGGCGGAAAUCAGUUUUGCAUCACCCAAGAGCUUAGUCCUGCAGGUGCAUUUUUCUACCUUCUUGUAAAAGCAUUGCUUCGUACAGAACAAUGGAGGACACCAAAAGUACUAAAACUUAAAUUUUUAGCUGAUUUUCAUUAACUUCAAACUGCAUUUUGAAAAAAAGUAAAUAUUCAAAUGGUUUGUGAUAAAAUAGUUUGCCAGUUUCAGUUGUUGGUCACAGUAGAUCAGUUUGAAACUGAGAAACCCAGAGAGAAGUCAUGUUUUUUUUUUUCAAUACAGGUAUUUUGGAGAUUAUCACCUUGAGUAAACAAUGUUUUAAUCUGUCUUCUCAAUAUCUCAUAGUUGGGCUCAAGAGUUUCUCAAUGAGCAGAACAAAGGUCUGGAUGUUCUGGUGGAGUACCUGUCUCAUGCACAGAGUGACGCCUCGUAAGUUUCUUUAAUUGAUGACGCUCCUCGGAUUAAAUCAUUUGCCCACCGUGGAUGUUGAUUUUAUUUGAUUUUAACUCUCCAGGUUCGAUGUGGAGAAUGUUGAAAAUGGUGGCACCCUGUCAGAAAAAGCAAAACCUGCAGAGAGGUCAAUGGAAGACCUGACCAAGAGCCCCAGCAGCUCCCAGUCACAUGGGGUAACCAGAGCUGCUCGAGCACUCACUGUCAGGUAUGAAUGAUGUAAAGUUAUUGAAGCUGCAGCAUGAUUAAGAAUGUAAAGUAUGAAAGAUGUGGUGUUAUGAUGGUCAUCCCAGUUUCUCCUAAAACAGAGACAUCUCAACCAUGACAGCUGCCUUUAUACCCUUAUUCAUUCAUUUCUUUUCCUCAUUUAUUGAGUGUCUCAUCCUUUUUUCCUCUUUAUUCUGUAUUCGAGCUGCCAAGCCGUCACAGCGAUGUCCAAAACAUGCAGGAAAUAGAACAAGCUAAUUACUGACGUUUAGCUUUGCCUUAGCAGUCCAAGGCCAAACCAUAACUACCACCGCCACUUCUGCAUUUGCUUAUUUGUGCAUGUACUUGAUGUCCCUUCCCAGAAUAAGCUCCACUAUAGGAAACAAGAUGCACAAGAAAUCCCAUUCAUCCUACCAGAGAGAUGAUGUGCAUGUGUGCAUAAUGUGCCUGCGAGCCAUCAUGAACUACCAGGUCAGGCCUCAUCAAACUCUGCCUCCUUCUUAUUCUAUAAUUAUUAUUAUCACUACUGUAUAUGCUACCAUAUGUAUUUAUUAACUGACUUUAUUUUAUUAUCCAUAUACAUAUUAUAAAUUUACUUAUUAUUCUUUUAUUUAUCUAUCUACUUAUUAUUCUUUUAUUUUUAAUCCACUUAUUUUUUAUUUCAUUUAUUAUUAUCAUUAUUUUUUUCUCUUCCUUUUUUUUCCUUUCUGCUUUAUAAAAGUAAUAAUUAUUAUUAAUUUGUAGUUAUUGUUAUUUCAUAACGCUUACUUCAUCUUCUUUCAUUCUCUCCUCAACAAUUAUCGUAACUUGAAAGGGGGUAAAAAGAGAGACAAUCACACCCACAAACACACACACUUCUCAACACACAUAAAAAUACCCACUCACCCACACUUAAUAAAGCCACAGCCUUGCAACACCUUUAAACUAAAGUACCUAAAUGUUAUGUGUUCCUGCUUUAUUUGUCACUUUGUUUUGUCUCCACUGCCUGUUUGUGCUGCAUUUUCCUACAUGCUUUAAUUCAUCUCUUACAUUUGGGUCACGUGUUUGUGUAUUUUUUUUAUCCUUCUUCUUUUUCAGUCCGGUUUUAAUCUGGUGAUGACACAUCCUCGCUGUGUCAAUGAGAUCACCCUCAGUCUGAACAGCAGGAAUCCCAGGUCAGUGUCUAACUGCCUGUAUAUCUACCCGCCUGUCCAUCCUUCUCCACAUCUAACCCCUCCUUCUCUGUGACAGGACCAAAGCUCUCGUCUUGGAGCUGCUGGCUGCUGUGUGUCUGGUCAGAGGCGGACAUGACAUCAUCCUCUCUGCUUUUGACAAUUUCAAAGAGGUGAAGAGUUUUAUUUUUGUCUUAUUGCGACAACCUCAUUUGACUUUGGCUAGUCGAGCUCUUGUUCCAGACUUCCCCUCUUUGAUUACUCAUUUCGUGACUGACACCAUCCAGCCCUCACACGCACUGUGUUGGUUAUCGCUGCACACGGAGAACAGUCACCCACGUGAGGGGAACAAAGAACAUGCUGGAAAUCAAAUGAUAAAGAAUCAAGCACUUCUUUGAUAUUUAAAACGACUUGUUUUGCAUUUAUGCCCCCAUGAGACAGAACUUAAAACUGCAUGCAAAGAAACGUGUUGAAUUAAAUCAUUUCUGUUGUUUCUCAGGUGAGCAGAGAGAAGAACCGCUUUGAGAAGUUGAUGGAGUACUUCAUUAAUGAUGACAGCAACAUUGACUUCAUGGUGGGUGCACCAACAUUUCAGCUUUUCACCAUCUUUAGUUUGAAUUUUAUUGAGCUUUAACAGCUGGUAUCUCUGUGUCCAGGUGGCCUGCAUGCAGUUCAUAAACAUUGUGGUCCAUUCAGUGGAGAACAUGAACUUUCGUGUUCAUCUGCAGUAUGAGUUCACUCACCUCGCGCUGGACAAGUAUCUGGAGGUGAGUGUGUGUAAAGAUCUCAGGGUAAACGGAGGGUUUCUGCAGGUCACUCAAAUCUCAUUUUGUCAUGUGACAGUGGGAAAAGGUCAUCACUCUUAAUCUCAGUAUUUAUAUAUAAUAUCUUAAUCUCAAUAUUUUCAGUGUUAUUGAUUAACAUACCUGUUAUCAAAUUUGAUUUUUCAUUUAAAACAUUAAUACUGCAUAUGUGUGUGUUUGUGUGUAUGUUAGGGUCUGAAGCAAACAGAGAGUGAGAAGCUGCAGGUGCAGAUCCAGGCCUAUCUGGACAAUGUGUUGGAUGUGGGGGCCCUGCUGGAGGACGCUGAGAACAGAGGCGGGGUGCUGGAGCACGUAGACGAGCUGCAGGAUCACAACUCGCAGGUGAGAUACAUAUUCCUGAGAAGAGAAAGAGAGAGGUUUUGAGGAUUCUGUGGUGUUAAAGGAGUGAUGUCUUUGUGUAGCUGAGCAGCCGGCUUCAGGAGAUCGAGAAUCAGAGCGCGGAGAAGAUAUCUGAACUGGAGACUCAGCUCAUGCAGGCCACCAAGGAGACCGAGCUGCUUAAAGUAAGUGCUGUUCUAGGAUGUGAACUUUAAGUGGAUCAAUUGGACAAAUGAAGAGUGAUCAGCUUGGUUUAUUUGGUCUUAUUUGUGUUGAUAUUCAUGUGUUUGUGUUCUUUACAGGAAAGUCUGCGGGAGUCCUGUACCCAGGUCAGCUCCUUACAGCAAAGAGAACGAGAGCGGGAGCUGGACAGGGAGCGGGAGAAAGACAGGGAGCGUCUGAUCACCUCCACCCCCCAGAUGUCCUCAGAGAUGGAGCAGAAGAUCCAGGAGCUACAAGACAAAGGGUUAAUCCGACUGGGACGCAGCGCCUCUGGAGGCCUGGACAUCCAGGUGGUGCCCGUGACGGUAGUGGAGUACGUUGAAGUCCCGGCCUCAGGUGCUUCACCCACUACUCCACCAACUGCCAAUGGUUCUGCUCCUCAGCCAACCGCACCCUGUGCACCUCCACCUCCAGCUCCUCUUCCUCCUCCAGGGGCUCCAGGGGCUGUUUGCGCACCCCCUCCUCCACCUCCACCCCCACCUCCAUCAGGAGCUCCUCCAGCCCCUCAACCUCCUGGAGGAGGUCCCCCACCUCCACCUCCUCCUCCUCCUCCACCUGGAAGUGGACCACCUCCCCCACCGCCCCCACCUGGUUCUGGACCCCCUCCUCCACCUCCCCCACCUGGUUCUGGACCCCCUCCUCCACCUCCCCCACCUGGUGGCUUUGGGCCCCCACCUCCUCCUGGAGCACCAAAUGCUCAGACUGGUGAGUUUUUCAGAUUCUCCUGAAAUCUGUCAUGAGUGCAGAUUGUGAUUAUUGAACCUUCACCUGUUCCCUCAGGACUCAAGGCCAAGAAACCCAUCCAGACCAAGUUCAGGAUGCCCUUGUUGAACUGGCAGGCCUUAAAACCAAACCAGGUGACGGGUACCGUCUUCAAUGAACUGGAUGAUGAGCAGGUCUUAGGGGUAAGAUGAUCCAAAGCUGUUUUUGGACUUUUCCUAGUUAGUUGAUCAUUUCAGAGCUAAAACUCCAAACUCUUUAAUCCCACCUCAUCAGGAGCUGAACAUGGACAUGUUCGAGGAACAGUUCAAGACUCGAGCUCAGGGUAAUCCAAAAGACGUGUCCACUGUAAAGAAGAAGGUACUUCAGAAGGCCCCCAGCAAGACCACUUUAAUAGACUCCAACAAAGCCAAGAAUCUGGCCAUCACUCUUCGCAAGGGAGGAAUGAAUCCAUCUGGGAUCUGCACCGCCAUAGAGACGUAUGUACUUCCCUGUUGACAUGUCUGAGCUAGCUUCCCGUCCCUCUGUCACACACACACCAAUCAGUGUGUCUCAUGUUACUUUUUUUCAGGUAUGACCAGCAGUCUUUGUCUGUGGACUUUCUGGAGUUACUUGAGCACUUCAUACCAUCAGAUUUUGAGAUGAAGCUGCUGAAGAACUAUGAAAAAGACGGCCGUCCUCUUGAGGAGCUGGCUGAUGAGGACCAGUUCGUUCUCCGCUUUGGGAAGAUUCCUCGCCUGAAGCAACGCAUCAGCACUCUUACCUUCAUGGGCAACUUCCCAGAAACAGUCAAACGUCUGCAGCCGGUGAGUUUUUCACAUGAUACGAAAGCUUAGACUUGGAAAUAAAAGAAAGAGAAGUUCAAGUUCUUCAUUUGUUUUGACUUCAUCCACAGCAACUGAACUCCAUCAUUGCUGCAUCCAUGUCCAUCAAGUCUUCAGCCAAACUGAGAAAGAUUUUAGAAGUAAGUAAGAGAGACAAACAACAUGCUUAUAGAGCUUUCUAAACUGUGAUUCUUUUUCCCACAAGCUGUCUCAUUUCUUCUCUCUCAGAUUAUUCUUGCCUUUGGGAACUACAUGAACAGCAGUAAGAGGGGCGCAGUGUACGGUUUUAGACUUCAAAGUCUGGACCUCGUAAGUAUGAGAUGAUUAAGAUUUUGAAAAUAUAUAUAUUUUUUUCUUUACAAAUUUAAGUUUAAAUUGGUUUAAGUGGUCAUGGCAUCACUUUUGCCUCAAGUAGCAAAAUAAUGCUGGCAGAAAUCAACAGAUAUUGCCUUAUCACUGUUUUUGCAUGUCUCUUGUAACUUUAGGAAAAUCAGAGCGUCAUGUUUUAUUUUCUUCUUUAAUAAGAGUUCACAGAGAUUGGUGCUAAGCAUUGACUAAUUGUCUUGAAUUAACCCAAUACUCUUUUUUUUUCAGCUGUUGGAGACAAAAUCAACUGACCGCUCACAGACGUUACUUCAUUUUAUCACCAACAUAAUUCAGGAGAAGUAUCCCGAUUUAGCGAACUUCUACACCGAGCUACACUUCGUAGACAAAGCAGCCCUCGGUACGUUAACCCAAAAUAUCAAGCGUUUCUAAACCUGUUUUUAGAGACUGAGAUUUGGUUUUGAACUCAUUUCUGUUUAUUUUUACAGUGUCACUCGAUGGCAUUCUUCAGGAUAUCCGCUCUUUGGAACGGGGAAUGGAAAUGACCAAAAAGGAGUUCCUGGUGCAGGAUGACAGUCCUGUGCUGAAGGACUUCAUCAAAACCAAUAGUGAGCAGCUGGAGACUUUCAUCAAAGACAGCAAAACAGCACAGGUUAGCCUUUCACACCUCUCUGCUCGCUUCGGAAUCUAUUUUAAGGCAGCUGUUGUCUGACUCAGCCUCUCUCCUUUAGGAGGCCUACUUCUCUGUGGUGGAGUAUUUCGGAGAGAACCCUAAAACCACCCAGCCUUCCAUGUUUUUCCCGCUGUUUGCACGCUUGAUAAAAGCCUACAAGGUGAGGAUUUGUGAUAGCUUUCUUAUGCUCAUCCAUGACAAAUGUUGCUUGACAGGUUAAUCAUUUUGUCCUUGAUUAAAUGCAGGCAGCACAGCAGGAAAUCGAGCAGAAGAAGAAAAUGGAGAGUGAGAGUAAAGAGGCGAAGGAACCGAUUUCUCCAAAUAAGCCUGGGGCACAAAAGGUAAAAUAUGUCAGAGGUCAAAUAUCCAAUAUUUAAAGUAACUUCAGUAUAGAUAUGAUGGCUUUUUGCUUGUUUGUGAUUUAGAGUCCCACUCCGAUCGUUUAUUUUUUUCUAUGUAAAGUGUUAUCAGUGGUUUUUAAAUUGUGAUUAUGAAGUUUUUAAGCAAAAUCACAUUACCUGUGUCACUUUGAAGAGCUUUUCUUCUGCAGAGCUCCAGUAGCUCAAUAGCUGCUCUGCACAUUCCUCUUCACGUUAGCUUGCAGCCUAACAUUGCCGGUGUAGUAGAGGUGGCAGGUAACAUAGGAGCUAUUUAGCUCUCGGACACUAAUGUCUUUAGGGACAUGAUGAAAGUUAAUAUCAUAAUUAGCUUUCUUACAAGCACUGCUAUCCACUACUGCACAUGCUUGUUCCGUGAUUGUCCUCUCUAUUUCUCCGAGUCUGGCCUGUAUAGCGGGGCUCUGGGGGCGGAGCUUGGAUUUGUGACAUAGGAAAUCUCACUGGCCUGAACCUUCCGUUUGGGUCUGCAAGAGAUUGAAUGCAGAAAUACUCAGAAAUGCAAUUUCACACUAACUUUUCUCAUGAUAUGUCCUGUAGCAUCAGAAAAAAUGCCAUAAGAACAUGUAGACAAAAAGUAAAAAUAUGAUUUUCAUCGAAGUGGGUCUUCAAGAUUCCCAUGUUUCUAUGACUCUUCAAUUUUUGGAUGAGAGAAAAUGAACUUUGCUUCUUUCACUUGUUAGGGGCCUAUGAUGCCUAAGAUGCCCCAGAUGGACUUCUUAGCUGAGCUAAAGAAGAGGCAGGUGAAACCACAGGUGCGUGAAGGGAAGGAUGGCGCCCUGGAGGACAUCAUCACAGGUACGGUAACAUCUUUUUUCCAAUGUGCGCCGCAUGCUUUAAGCCAACCAGAUGCUGAAACUUCCUUGUUUCUGGUCCCACUCAGAUUUGAGGAACACACCGUACAGGCGGACGGACCUUCGCCGGCCGGCACAGCGCCAGGACACUUGAACUACUUUUCUCCCAGUAAUUUUUACAGGACUUUUUAGAAUCACUGUUAACAUGAAAUUUAAGGCACAGGGUGGAGAUUAUAUGUACAUACAGUUUUAUAAAAAACAAGUUAAGCUGUCAAUUUUUUUUUUUUUUUUGCAAAAGUUAAAAUAAUUGUGUGAAUUAGCUGUGUAAAUAGAUCUUUACGAUUGAAGUAUUUGGUAUUUUUAUUGAAAUAGCUCAUAAAUUAAAAUCUAAAUCUGUAAAAAGAAACAUUCAAACAGGAUAUUUCUCUGUCACAUCACGGCUUUUUGUAGAGUUAUCAAUAAGAAGCUCAACUGUGUUUAAAAUAAAACAAUUUUUUUAACCAGGUAA